AUGGCUGUUGCUUAUUUUGAACUUGCAACAACUGCUUGUCAUCAAUUACUUUCAUCAAAAGAAGAUGAUCAACAACAAUCAAUAAUUAUUUUUGAAGAUAUUAAUUUUAUUAAAGCACUUAUUCUUAAUGAACAUGAAUUGAUGGAAAUGAUAAUAAUGAUUGCUCAUUUUUGUUAUUUACUGCAUCCAUAUCUAGUUCUAUUACCACGUGUUGAAACAACAUUUCUUCCAGUACGUAUUCAAAAAUUUGUUUAUUCAAGUAAGACAAAAACAAAAAUGAAUCAAUCAACAAAUGUUGAAGUAUGUGGAAUCUAUCAUAAUAAUAUAUGUGGUAUAGGCCAAGAAGAAAUAUAUAAUCUUGAUUUAUGGACAUUUCCAGUGGAUAAUAAAAUCGAAGAACCAAUAUUUACAUUUAAAAGUAUUGUUAUUCAACAAGUUCAAGGUAUACAAUCUGGUCGAUGUAAUCAAGAUUUAAUUGAAUCAAUAGAACCAUUUAAUGAAUUAGCUGCUUACUAUGCUCAUAUGGCAAUUAAAGAUCUUGAUUUAAAUCAGCAGCAUCAUCCAUUAUUAAAUACAUGUCAUUCUCUUACUUCAAUUUUACAUUCGAAACAAAUAAUAACAUGGCAUUCAACACAAUUUCAUCUUAUUCAAUUAAUUGAACAUUUUCCUCAUUUAAAACCAUUUUUAAUAAUAUUAAACAAAUAUGGUUCACAUUUAAAAGAUAUUCUUAUUAAAUUUCUUCUAAGUGCAACUAAAACACAACAAAUUUCUCAUACUAUUUGUCAACAUUUACAAUUACAAUAUGAACGACAAACGAAAGAUGAUAAUUCAUUUGAAAAUUAUCGAUUACGUAUAUUCUGGUUAACUGAUAGUCAUUGUUCAGAUGUUUUAUCUAUUCUUGAUCUUCUUCUUAAUUUAUCACAACAAACAGGAAAUCAAGAUUUAAUAAAUUUUUUAAUUGCUCUUCGUCGUUUACUUGUUCCUAAUGGUCUCCUUUUAUUACUUGAAUUAGUUCAUAUUCCACUAUAUUUUGAUCUUAUUUUUGGUUUUAAUGAUCAAUGGUGGUCAUCAUCUGAUGAUGAUAAUUGUGCAUUAAAUAAUAUUCAACCAUGGGUGAUAUUAUUAAAACAAAUCGAAGGAUUUAAUAUUAUUGAAUCAACAUUAAAUCAAAAUGAAAAUAUUAUUUGUUUUGGAAUAUCAGUUUUAUUAACUACUUAUAAACAAGUAUAUAUUAUAUUUGCAUGGCAACUUGAUCAAGUAUUAUCGAAUGAAAAUAAUGACGAUUUAGCAUUGAAACAAAAUGAAGAACUUCUAUAUGGAUCAUUAUCACGUAUUCUUCAAACAAUUCAAAAAUCAUCAUCACAUUUUUAUCCAUUUGUAUAUUUUCUUACAGAUCAUGCCCAAUUUAAUAAUGAUUCUAAUCUUAAUAUAAUUCCAUCACCAUUUAUUGGUCUUGAACGAAGUUUAAUAACUGAAUAUGAAUGA